GUUUUUUGCGGCCCCCCUCUUGCCUCGGCGGCAAAAAGCGCCCUCGCGCCUGCUGAGCCCCACCAGAGUUGCGGCUGGGAUUUGUCCAGAUGAGGAAUUUGAUUGAAUUGAAUCAAGGUCGUCUAAAAUUGGUGUUUGAUUGGGAAAAAAGGGGAAAAUGUCAAGGUUAAGAACCUGCACAUUAGCGCCUCUGCACUUGAUUCUCACAACUUGCAGUGUUUCGCAGAGUUACAGCAAAAGUAAUAAUCAAUAUGAGGAGUUUAUCAAUAGAAAAACAGGCAAAACAGCAUGUGUUUGUGUGGAAGGAAGUUUUGAGAUCACUGUCUUGUGAAUGCCAAGUAUAUUGAAGGAUUUGUAGGCCAGAAAAUCUACAUAAGAAACGUUCCGCAAAUGUUCAUUGAAAGUUCUUUGCUAAAAUUAGCAUCUCUUCACUUCACUGACGUGAUAUAAAUACUUUAUUGUCGAAUGAAUGAACUCUGUGUGCAGCAACAAUAGCGCGGCGAACUCCUUAUCGAUUCUUUCACACCGUUACGUCCCAUUUACCGCUAUUUCACGCUUUCUCGCCAUCGCAACUACGCGCCUCGCAGCUCUGUUCCGGAGACGGUUGAAAGUGAAAGCCUGUGUGUGUGUCUCUCCUUUUUGCAGUUUGCGCCAUGAGGAGCGCCGGGAGAUCGUGAAGCAGACCCGCGACGGCUGCUCGCCGCUGUUUCUGGCGUGCAAGCACGGCAAUGUUCGCGUGGCGGAGCUGCUGAUCACGGAGUGUGACGCGGACAUCGAGCAGCGUGGUCUGUACGAGGUGCCGGAGGACAGGGCGGUGCACUGCGUGACGCCGCUGUGGUGCGCCUCCGUGUCGGGCAACAUUGGCGUGGUGAAGCUGCUGAUCCGCUAUGGGGCGAACAUCAAUGCGCUGUCCGACACGGGAUCCACGCCCGUGCGCAGCGCCUGCUACAUGACGCACGUGGAGAUCGUGCAGUACCUGGUGGAGCACGGCGCCGACAUCACGAAGGGGAACUACAACGGCGGCACGUGUCUGAUCAACUCCGUGCAGUCUGUGGCGCUGUGCAUGUACCUGAUCAGCAAGGGGGCGGACGUGAAUGCGCGCGACAUCCAGGACAAGACGGCGCUGCACUAUGCCAUCCAGGAGCACCGGCUGGAGACCACGAAGCUGCUGCUGGAGCACGGCGCGGAUCCGUUCGCGAAGAGCCGCUAUGGCGACGACAGUCUGCAGCUGGCGUGCCUCAAGGGGGCCCACCAGAUCUUCGAGUACCUCAAGAAUCGCAUCAGCUACAGCGUGAGUCGCCUGGCGGAGGCGCACGAGCUCAUCGGGUCCACCUUUCUCGAUGAGCAGAAUGAGACGCGCAUCACGAUCCUGCACUGGAGGCUAGCCCACCACAUCAGGCAGCGGGAGUCUGUCUACAUUGAGAAGAAACCUGUACCACCGCCUCGUGAGGCCUUCGGCAAUGCUGUGGAGUUUUCCACAAUUACAGAAUUGGACAAUAUUGCGGCCGAUGUGGACAGCAUGAGGAUUCAGAGUCUGUUGAUAUGCGAAAGAGUGUUGGGAAUCCAUCACAAGGACACACUAUUCCGUCUAAUGUUCCGCGGUGCCUCGUAUGCGGAUUCCCUGCAGUUUCAGCGUUGCAUUGAUCUCUGGUGUUUGGCUCUUGAGGUGAGAGUUGAGAAGCACUCAAUUCUCCAUUCAGAGACUUGCAUCACGGCGCAGGCGAUUGUGAAACUGAUGCUGGACCUCCUCGACAAGUACAUUCAUAUGAUGCCUAAUGAGAUUGUUGAUCAGGACAUCCCGCGCUUCCAAGACGUCUACAGUGUCUUUAAACUCCUCACGAAGAACAUCAAUGAAUCUCGCCAGUAUUUGACCAUAAGACCAGUGCACAGGAAACAACAGGAGAACUUCGACAGGAUGCUGAAGUGUAUCACGCACUUGAUCUAUCUCUUGGUGACCACGGCCAAGACGGAGGUUGAGAAGCAAAUGGUGCGCGUGGCGGUGACAGAACUAGUCAGGAGUAAUAUCAGGAGCGCCUGCACCAAUGAUACUCUUCUCCAUUUGUCCGUGUCGCGCUUGAAUGUCAUCAAGAGUGGAUACUUUUCCGAUGACAAUAAUCUGACGGUGAUCUUCCCGAGCUUAGAAGUGGUAGAGCUGCUGCUGGCGUGCGGGGCGGAUGUGAAUGUGAGGAAUGAGUCCAAGUCGACGCCACUGCACAUCGCCUCGAUGCCCUACAACUUCAAUGGUCGCCUGGUGCACACGCUGCUCGAGAAUGGGGCGCAUCUAGAUCAGCCGAACAAGGCGGACGAUCGCCCAAUUAACAUGAUCUCGAGCAAUCAGGGCAAUGAGAUAUUCCUUAUAAACUAUAUUUCACUUAAAUGUCUAGCUUCCACCGUUAUAACCAAGUAUCGGAUUCCGUACAGGAAUCAAAUUCCCAAGACAUUAGAGAUGUUUGUGAGGCAGCAUGAAGCUUAAGAUGAAGCUUAAGGAGAUGAUUAAAGAAAAAAAAUUGCAGGAGUAAUUGUUAAGUAGGAUUCAAAAUAACAAUCACCUCAGUGAAAUUAUAAUCUCUCUCUUCUCAAUCUAUAAAUAAUAAUAAUGAUAAUAGUGACAAUUUUCAAGAAGGGUCGCGCGCUUGAAGAAGUCGAUGUCCGCCGAUUGCGCAUCUUUUUAAAGGCGCCUUAGUAAAAAAAUAUUUAGACACACGUUAUUGAAUUAUUAAAGAAAAAAAAGAGAUGUUUAUUGUUUGUUAAUUGUAAAUAUUAUAUAUUAUAUUAUUACAAAUAACGUAGCUCUGUGACUUCCGUUUGAGGAGCACAAGUGUAAAACAAACAAGGUCUCGUAGGGAUUCUAAACAAAAUAUACUUGCUUAACUGAAGUAAUCUGUAUUCUUAAGUAGUAUUGGAAGAAAAAGAAAAAACACAUCUAAUUAUAUUAUAAUUAAUAGACUUCAUUUAUCUGAAGGAUGCAAAAUACAAUAAUUGUGCUAAAUGGAAA